UAACUAGGUGUCAAUGAGGGAAACGCCUACAGCUCAAAGCUAGAACAUCUCGGGAAAAGUCAGAAAAUUCAGCAACAGAAACUAAUUGGAGUUUUAAACUAUACAAACAGUAGCAGGCAUGUCGUGAAACAUUGAAACUGUUGCCAAGAACGACCCGCAGCGUCAGGGACGCACAGCUUCAAAGACAAAUCCCAUUGAUUUAGAAACGACAGCUGAGUCAGGAUGACGGAAUCCAACUCAAAAGCUGCAAAAGAAUUGACAGAAAUUAUGGAAGCGACUAUGCAGAAUCUUCACAGUAAAUUUCAAAGCAUGUCUGACCAGAUUGUUUCAAAAAUGGAUGACAUGGGGACUCGAAUUGAUGACCUGGAGAAGAAUGUUGCCGACCUCAUGACCCAGGCUGGUAUGGAUGAGCAGCAGACUCCUAAGUGACCAAGCCAUCAGGUUAACACAUAUCAGAUCAGCUAACUUCACUUGAUUUCUGAGGUUCCACUAAAGACAGAUGUGGCAUGACAAAAGGCCACACAUAGGCAGGUUAUUACUGAUCUAUUGUUAUGUAACAGCCUAUGGCAUUUGCUUUCUCAUUUAACGGAAUGUCAUUUGUGGGGGAUUUUACCAUGUAAACACAAUACAUAGUUUUUUUCUAUAAUACAACACAAUGUUUAUUCAACUGUUCAUAAACAAUACGAUCGGG